AUGGCCAGCCUGUGGCAGCUGCGUGGAAGCCCUCUGACUGGCUGGCUUCUACCGGGAGGGAUGCAUAAAAGACGUAUUUUGACCUUCACAAACUUUUGACAGUCAAACUUAGUACCAUCGUUCGUGCUUCGUAGCGUAACAGUUCUCCCAAACGCAUAUUUUAAAGUAGCCACUGAAGUCAUAAACAGAAAACGGUCAGCCUUUUGCAGAAAUUUGCAAAGUGCUGUUCAUGACUUUCUCUUGAUAGCAUGGGUCCGAGAAAGAGAGGAGCAAGGAAAAGGAAAACCGAGGAGGCCUUUGGAGGAGAAAAGGACGGAGAGGACACCGAGGAGAAGGAGGCUGAGGAGAGAGGAGACAGGAGGAGGAAGGACCGUGGGAAUAAGAAAUACAUCGGAGCUCAUGUUGGCAUCCAAGGUGGGAUAUGGAAAGCAGUGGAGUCCUGCACAGAGAUGGGUGGCAGCAGCUUCGCCCUGUUUCUGGGCUCCCAGCGGUCAUGGAAGAGGCCAGCACUGGACCAGACGGCUGCAUCCAAGUUUCGGGAGCAAUGUUCCCUACAAGAGCUUGACCCAGCUCACAUCUUGCCUCAUGGGUCCUACCUGAUGAACUGUGGAUCUCCUAAAGAGGGUUUGUCAGACACUGAUGGAUGCCUCCUGCAGAUUCUGUCCUUGACUUUACUCCCUUGCUCUCUCACAUUCAGUUGCCUGCCCUUGUCUUGCAUUGGUUAUUUAAUCUUUCCAACUGUGUCUUGUCUUCUGACAACCUCCUCUGGUUUCUGUGCCAUGUUGCACCCAGAUGUGUUUGAGAAGAGCCAGGCACUGCUAGUGGAUGAGCUAAGCCGCUGCAGCCUCCUGGGUCUCAACCUCUACAACUUCCACCCUGGCUCCUCCCUGGGCUCCAUCACCACUGAGCAGUGUGUGGACAAGAUAGCAGGAUCCAUUAACCACGCUCACCAGCAAACACCUGCUGUGGUAACAGUGCUGGAGAACAUGAGCGGUCAGGGCAGUACGGUGGGCGGUAAGUUCUCUGAGCUGAAGAGCAUCAUAGACAAAGUGAGAGACCAAACCAGAGUCGGAGUGUGUCUGGAUACCUGCCACGCCUUCGCAGCAGGAUACGACCUGGCUGCAGAGGGAGGAGUGAAGGCCAUGCUUGAUGAGUUUGAUCAGGAAGUGGGGCUCCACUAUCUUAAAGCCAUCCAUCUCAAUGACUCCAAAGGUAAACUAGGCUGUAACCUCGACCGCCAUGAAGACAUCGGCAAAGGUCACAUUGGAAUCUCUGCUUUCCGAGACAUUGUCAAUGAGCCCAGAUUAGACAACAUCCCUUUGAUACUGGAGACACCUGGACGGCCAGGAUUCGAGUAUGCUGAGCAGAUUGAACUUCUCUAUUCCCUUUGUGAGAAAAAAUAGAAAGCACCCUUACAGAUGAAUUAGCACUGCUAAACUUAACCCUGCAAAACCACUGCUCACACGUCUGUUGAAAAAAUGUGUUUCUCAAGGACCAAAAUGGAUGGGUGAUUAAACACCACCAAACAAGUUUGUUAA